AUGUAUUAUCCUCGGAUAAACAAUCUUUUUCAAUGUAGAACAGAUAAUGAUUUGUCAUCGUGGCGAAGUUUUUUGAAAAAUUCAUCAGAAAUUGAUAAUUAUGAUCAAUUUAAGAAAUUAUUAAUUAAUCUACAAUGGACACCUCAAUUAGCUGAACAAUUGCAACAAUUCUGUAAUAAUGCUUCGUGUCGUCUUAUCUUUGGCGGUGGAAAAAAUAUUGAACAGCAAUUAUUGAGUGCAAUACCUCCAUAUGAAGAUUUGGUCUCUGAACCAUGUAAUCGAAUUUAA